AUCGAAACACUGCAGGAUCCCAGACUGAUAUCAUUAUUAUCCUAUGCGUUGACAUCAGACGACAGAGACAAAGUACAGAUAGCAUUACAUCUAGUCAGUAUUGCAGCUAAACUACCAGACUUCUCAAUUAUAAUGUUAGGUGAUUCUAUGGCAGCCAACAACUCGUGUAAAGCAGUUGAUAUUACCUCCCUACCAUUGAAGAGUGCCACCAGUCCAUGUGUGUCACCGUCUAGAGCCUGCCAUGCUGCUGUCAGUAAACCAUCUGUCAUGGAUAUGGAUUUACUGGGUUUAACUGACAAAAUGCACAAUGUACAGACCAGAGAGAACCAACUUAAGGACUUAUUAGAAGCCAAGGCCAUGGCGCUGUCUCAAGCAGACCGGCUAAUAUCACAAUACAGAUUCAGGAAGACACAGUCAGAGGCACAG